AUGUUCGUUGUUUCCUGCGGUAAAGGUCUUCACAAUUGGAUGAAUGGUGACAUACCUUGGAAUGAACACGCUAGAUGGUAUCCUGAAUGCAGAUUUGUCUUACUGAUGAAAGGUCAGGAUUUCAUCAAUAAAAUUCAGCAAGAAUAUCCAACAUACACCCGCAUAGCAAAUACUGUGUAUUCGGUACCGACAAGCUCCUUCGAAAAGCAGUUAGCAGUUCUACGGAGAUGCGAUCCGUAUCCGAUCAGGAUCUGGAUCUAUUUUAUGAGUUUGGACAUGCCAAGGGUGUACUGGGAAUGGGAUUUCCUACAUAGAAUGGGCGAUACUCGAGGUGAAACAAUAGAGAAUCAGGUUACAGAUAUCCACUCUGAAAUGACAGAUUAUGAGCCAUCAUUUGGCGAGACUCAUAUUUCAUCUUCAAUUUCUCAACAACAUUCUUCUGUAUUUCCAUCCACAUCUGAAACAACGGAAAAUCAAAUCACAAGUGUCCAAUCGAGUAAUUCUGAAAUUACAGAGUUUGAGCCGUCGUCCGGAGAAACUCGUAUUUUAUCUUCAAUUUACCAACAACAAGCUCCUGUAUUCCCAUCUACAUACUGGACCUCGAUAGAAGAUAUCGAGAAUAGCACCGAAGCUGAAGCAAGACAUAUUUUGCAAAAACAUGAUCCAAGUCUGAAGAGCAAACCGCUAGACUGGGACUAUCAGAUUAUGAACAUAAUAUUGCCACCCUCGAUCAACAUAACGGACAUUUAG